GGGUGGGUUAUAAAUGGAUAGAUCAAAACAAGGGGAGUUUGUUCGCCUUCCUUUGGGGCUGGAGUUUGCCACGUCUGCAGGGCUAAGGAAUGGGAGAAGGAGAGUGGGAUAAGAUUCCUACGAAGAGCAAGGUUUACCCGAAUUGCUGUGAAAUAAAAUGAAACAUUUUGACAUAUAGAGAAAACAUGUGUAAUUUUAAUCCAUGAUAUAUAAUAUAUGAAUUUAUUUAAAUUUAAUGCAUUUUUAUUUUAUUAACUGAACAUUUUAAUAAACAGAUCUAAUUACUUUUUAAAAAUUUUCUGAUAAACAGAUUUAUUAGAUCUAUGAAUGUUGUUUUGUGUGGAGAUACUCUUGAUGCCAAAAGUUGACUCCUAAAGUGAAAAAAGCACAUUAUAAACUGUAAAAAUGAUGAAAGGUGCCUUUUGGGCUCUACUUUCCUUUGCUGUCCUGGCUUUGGGGACUGGAGCGCUGAUUCCCGAGCCAGAAGUCAAAACCGAAGUGCUCCAGAAGCCCUUCAUCUGCAAGAGGAAGACCAAGCUGGGAGACAUGUUGCUGGUGCACUACGAAGGCUUCCUGGAGAAAGAUGGGGCCCUCUUUCAUUCCACCCACAAGCAUAACAAUGGCCAACCUACAUGGUUUACUCUUGGUAUUAAAGAAGUCAUCCCAGGCUGGGAUAAAGGUUUGACUGAGAUGUGCAUAGGAGAAAAACGCAAGUUAAUAAUUCCUCCAUCUCUGGGUUAUGGAAAAGAAGGGAAAGGAAAAAUUCCACCAGAGAGCACCUUGAUCUUCAAUAUUGACCUUUUAGAAAUUAGAAAUGGACCAAGGUCUCAUGAGUCCUUUCAAGAAAUGGAUCUUAAUGAUGACUGGAAGCUAUCCAAAGAUGAGGUAAAAGUGUAUUUGAAGAAUGAAUUUGAAAAACAUGGUGCACCAGUCAAUGACAGCCACCAUGAUUUCUUGGUUGACGACAUAUUUGAUAAAGAAGAUGAAGAUCGUGAUGGAUUUAUAUCUGCAAGAGAGUUUGUUUUUAAGCAUGAUGAGCUAUAAAGCCCGUUAAAGAAAUUCUCAACAAAACGUAGACUUCUAAAACAGUAUUUUCUGCUUUCGUGAUUUUGGAGUCAAUUGGAGAUUUCUGCUGUAUUUUUUAUACAAUGACAACUUUUGAUACAAUGAGAACUUUUGAUACUAAAUGUGACCGUUUGUACACAUAAUGUAAAAGCAUACUAAGAAAGGCUUUUUAAUGAGACUCUUAAGUUAUGUAUUUUAAUAUUUAUUUUUGAAAAAGGACAAUUUUUUUCCAGUGAUAGUUGUUGCUUAAUGUUACACUACAUCCCUCUGCUUUGUGUGUACUUUAAUACUUAUUUGUUUGGUUCAUUUAUACAAAGAAGCAUUUGGCAUUGGCAUUGGCAGUGGUAUGCUGUAUUGGAUCUUGGGGGGGGGGGGGUUGUAGCUUAAAGUAUUUCUGUGAUAGAAGGGAGCAGAAAAAUCUAUCAGUGAGGUUGCGAUCAGGAGUGGAGUUGGGUGGAUGUUUGGGAAACUAAUCUGCCCCAGCAAAAAUAAACUUCUCAUAAUCUGUACCCAAAUCCUCUUGAUACUUUAGCCUUGCUGUGUAAAUAGCUUAGUCUCUUCUAAGCUGCCCUGUCCUUUGAUUAUUCCCUCCAUAACUAGUGUUUUGUUAGUGGAAUAGUAGUGCUUAAGGAAAAGGAUGUACAGCUUCACACUUAAAAUUGUCUUAAUAAUAGUAGCUAAGCAAGUUAUUUUCUUCUACUGCCAAACACAGCAAUAUACAUGUUGGAUUGAUUUUGAAAGGUGAAUUUACAAAGGAGGUGGGAAUCCAGUGCUCUCCAGAUGUUGUUGGAGUCCAACACCUGGAGUACUACAUGACUCCUAUUCGCAAUUUGGUCGCUUCUCAGCCUUUUGGCUAAGAUCAAGUGUAUGUAUAUACUCCUCACAAUUUGAAUCUUUUUCACAUUAUCCUUUUGAAGGUUUCCAGUUUCUGUUUAGGAGAGCUAAUGGAUCACAUAUUAACUCCAGUCACCUUAAUUGCAGUGCGGCAUUUGGAAUGCCCAAUAUAAUGUCUUGGGAAGCCUAUUGUCCAAAUGGGAGUGAUUUGGGUGUAAUGGUAUAUUUUAAGAAAUGUUUGCGAACGGCUUUCUACCACGGUUAUUCUAUUUGCCUCACUUAGAAAGCACGGGACCCAUGAGAAAAUGUCAUACAUUUCCUUGUUGAUAAAUGAGGUAUCUUCAUAUUAUAUUAUUUUUUAACAA